AUGCAUCUCAAUGGUAUUAACAGUAACGUGGAAGAGAGCAAAGAUCUCAUCCUUUACAAUUCACAGGCUCUUCCUUUCCCUGUGAUACCACAAUUAUGGUAUACUCCUCAACCUUUCAUACCGUAUUACUUCACCUCACCACCACCACAGUAUCCCUCGCUCAUACCGUAUCUGUCAUACUAUUCGAAUGCAACGCCAGCAAUUCGAAAACAAAAAUAUCAGGUCAAGAAAGUGCGGAAGCCAAGUAAAACUCAUUUCUGGUGUGCUGGAAUAGGACAACUAUUAUGGACAAUAGUCGUGAUAAUUGCGCUGGGACUGCUCGCAAUGCUAAUACUUGCGCUUCUUGUUAUUUAG